AUGCCGCGAUCCUUAGCCUCCGUUCCCCCAACAGCCUCUCCGAGCGAGCCUUCAAGACGCAGGAGCUCAAGCCGUUUGCGCAAAGCCUCCUUCACUCCCACGCAGUCUAAGGCGGCAGCAGGAGAAGGCGAAAGCAUCUCGCAGGAGAACCCCUCCAAACAGACUCCUGUCUCUCAGCGAUCCGGCAUUACAAAACGAAAAGCUAAACAGCAGAGGGGCCCCAUGGGGGCCCCCCUGCCGUCCCCUGGGCGCCCCUCAGCGGCGGAAAGGAAUCCCAGCAGCCGGCGCAGGAAGACUCCCCAGAGCAGCAAGGCUGCCAGUGCAGCAGCAGCAGCACAAGCAGCACAAGCAGCAGCAGCACAAGCAGCAGCAGCACAAGCAGCUCAAGGGAAGCAGACUAAGACUGCUCUGGGAAGAGGCUGUACCCGCAUGCCUGUUCGUAGGGGAGUGGCAAGGGAAGACUGCGACGGCAGCGUCAUCACCAGCAACGAGCCUAGCAGCGCAAGCAGCAAACGCAGCAGCAGCAGCAGCAGCAGCAGCGGCAGCAGCGACUCGGAAUAUGAUGAAGAUGCUCCCACACCCCUCCGUCGCAAAAGCUCCCAAAGCGCCUCUAGGGCGAAGGCGUCACUAAGCCCCCUAUUGUCUCGCCAUGUCUCCGAUGGCAUCAAGAGGCUGCACCAGCAGAGGUCUCUUCCAAAGCCUGCUGCUGCAGUUGCUGCUCCUGCUGCUGCUGCAGCCACUAGCAACAGCUGCAGCAGCAGCAGCAGCAGCAGCUGUGGCAGUGCAAGCUGCGGCUCAGGAGUCUUUGUGAGGGGAGGGCUCAUCGCGCUUCUUACGCCUCCAGAGUCUCCUAUUAGGGAGGGUUUGGUGCCUCGACGCAAGCCUGCCUCUCUGUUGCAGCUGGCAGAGACAUCGCCCAUAGAUGGUUUACGCAGUUCUCAGGGAGUCGUGCAGUCUGGCGAAGAUGCGGAAAGAGCGUCUGAAACUGCCAGUGCAGCAGCAGCAGCACAAGAAAAACAUCCGAUGCAGCACGAAGAAGACGAACCGAAUCAGGAGUUGCAGCAUCAGCAGCUCCAGAAUCAGACUGGAGGCGCUGUGGUGUCUCUGCUGCGCUCCUUCAUCAGGCCCUUCGUGCGCAACAACGCAGGGGAGCAGCAGCAUCAAAAGCAGGAGAAAGAGACACAGAAAUCGAAAGAGGAGGAGCAAGAAAGACAGCAGCAAGAAAGACAGCAGCAGCAAGAAAGACAGCAGCAGGAGGAGCACUUGCAAGAAGAUGCAGAGAAGGAGAUUUGGUAUGACAUCCACACGUCACAGGAGCGCAGUCGGGCAGUCUCCUCCACCGACCUUCAGGAGUUACACCCCAACGGCAGCAGCACCGAGGCGAAUGCGGAAGAAAGAAUUUCUUCGCAAUUCGAGGGGAAGUUCGUUUUGCUGCAGCUCAUUGAGGUUCGAGAGUGUCAGAAGACUCAUAAAUCUCCUGAAACGAUGGCUCCUACCAGUCCUCUUCUGAAAACACUCACGGAUCCUCGUGGGGGAGAGGCGCCUCGCAGUCCUCUCUCCCUUCUCCGGCGCAAAGCGUCGCAGGUGUCUCUUAGUCAGCCUCUUUCUCUCAGGAGUUCGCAAGGCUCUCCGAUUUCGACACUGAGGCAGUCUCAAACUGCUGCCGGGCAGCUCCUGCUCUCAGCCAGUCAAGAGGCGUUUGCUCGUGGAGCUGCUGGCUUCGUUCGCGCACCCAGCACGCAAAUCGACGGCUCUCCUCUUCGCUCGCAGCCUCCUGGCUCGUCGGAGAUUGGGAGAGGCUCCGUGAGGAGUCCGUUGCGUCAGCACGGAGGCUCUCCGGAGUUUGCGCUGGAAGUGGCUGCUGAGGCUGUAGUGUCUUGGAACGCGGAUAUCGCGGAAGUGCAUAAGCUGAUUCAGGAGCUUUUUCGCAGGCGAUAUGGAGAGCGGCACACCACAGACUUUGAGCUCCUGCCUCCUCCGAGACGCGUGGGGGGCGGAGAAAGUGGCUCCUCAGGAGCUCGAUGGGGGCCCCCUCAGGGGCCCCCUCAGGGGCCCCUCUCUGCUCGCUGGGUGUUCGAACUCCCCGCCGUCGAGGGGCCCUCUGUCCCCCUUGCCGACGACUUCGUCAGACUAGGGGCCCCCCGAGCUGCCUCGCUGAGUUCGGCAGGCUCUGGGCUGCUGCUGCGGAGUGCCUUGGCCGCCUAUUUCAUGGUGAAGGGGGCCCCUCCGAGGACCCUCAGGAGGCCCAGCGAGGCCCCUGAGGAUUCGGAUGGUGAGGGUUCUUUUAGCGAUUUGAACAGUCCCCUGGGGGGCCCCCCACAGUCCCCUGGGGGGCCCCCCCCCCCAGUUGGCGCGAACGCUUCGGAAGAUCUCCCCGAGCAGGCCGGUAGUUGCUCGACGCCGAAGCAGGAGGCAGCUCUGCUGCUUCUCGAAACGGGGAGACACGGGCAGACCAGGCAAGAGGAGGCCUCUUAUCCUCACCUGGGCGCAAGAAAAACAAACUCUUGA